AUGGCUGAAGCUGCACUCAGUUGUGUUGGUGUAAUCUUGAAUAAGAUACUUCCACUUGCUGCCGACGAGAUCAGCCGGGUAUGGGGUGUAAAGAAAGACCUUCAGAAGCUUGCGAAGAAAGUAGAGAUGAUGGAAGCUUUGAUUUUUGAUGCUAAGUGCAAGCAAUCAACAAGCAAAGCCGUGCAGCUCUGGCUCAAAAGGCUCCGGUCCAUAGCACGUGAUGCUGAGAUCGUGUUGGAUGAUUUCGGAUAUGAAGUUCUGCGGCAGAAGGUUGAGAAUCGGAAGCGCGACAAGGUACGCAACUUCUUUUCUUCCUCAAAUCCUAUUUCCUUUCGUCUAGAGAUGGCUAACAAGAUCAAGAAUGUUAGCGCAUCUCUAGAGGAAGCUUACAGAGAAGCAAAUCAGAUAGGGCUUUAUCCAGCUCAACUACCCAUGCCAUCUGCUGAUCAAAAAGAGGAUCGGUCGACUGAUCCUUUUGUGGACGAGUCAGAAACGGUGGGAAGGGAGGUUGAGGUAUCUCAAGUUGUAAGCAUGUUAAUUAGCUCAGACUAUAAGAAGGAUUUACCCGUCAUCUCAAUAGUUGGGAUGGGUGGCCAGGGUAAAACAACCCUUGCACAGAUGGUGCUAAAAAAUGACAGUGUAGUGAAGCACUUUGAUAAAAAAAUAUGGGUAUGCGUGUCUGAUGAUUUCAAAGUGAAAAGGCUGUUGAAUGAGAUGCUACAAUCCCUCGAGGGAAAGAGUGCUGACACAACAAACACGGAAGCAUUGGUGAGGAAGCUUCAAGAAAAUCUGAAAGGAAAAAGUUACUUGCUUGUACUUGAUGAUGUUUGGAAUGAGAAUCGAGAGAAAUGGGAUGGCAUGAGGAGACGUUUGUUGGCAAUUGGGGGUGCUCCGGGAAGCAAAAUAUUGGCUACCACACGUAGUGAUGAGGUAGCCUCAGCAAUGCAAACAUCUGGUUUGCAUCAUCUAGACAUCCUUUCAGAUGAUCAUAGCUGGAUGUUGUUUGAAAAACUAGCAUUUGCAGACGGUGGUGCAAGAAAGACUCAAGAUCUGGUGGACAUUGGCAGAAGGAUACUGAAUAAGUGCGGCGGUGUGCCAUUAGCGAUCAAAGUGAUUGGGGGUUUGUUGUAUUCCAAAAAGGAUGUCUCGGAAUGGUUGACGAUUGAGAAGAGUGAAAUAUGGAACGAGUCGACCAAUAUUGCAAAUGGAGUCAUUUCUGUCCUGAAGCUGAGUUACGAGAACUUACCUUCAUUGUCAGUGAAACAAUGCUUCGCAAGUUGUUCCAUUUUCCCGAAGGACGCUGAAAUGAAAAAAAAAAGCUUGAUACAUAUUUGGAUGGCCCAGGGAUUGAUUAAUGAUGCCAAGGGAGGAGGAUGCCAUUUGCAAAUGGAGGAUAUAGGCAGUGAUUACUUCAACAUAUUGCUCCGGAGUUCUUUGUUGCAAGCUGCUCCUGAGUACGGAAUCGAGAGCUGUCGGAUGCACGACCUUGUGCAUGAUCUUUCAUUGCAAGUGUCAACUAAUUGUUUCUUAAACACAGAGAAUGGCAUGGUAGUCAGUCACGAUGACGAAGUUAUGCAUUUGACCGUCAUUCGGAGUCGAGGGAAGAUGUUAAAGAAUAUCGAAGGGAUUCCUCCAAAUUUGCAAACGCUUUAUUAUCUUGUGGGUGAUGGUAUUAUGCUCGAAGACAUCUUGGAAAGGUCUAGAUACCUUUCUGUGUUAAUAGUAGACUGCUACGGGAUGUUACUCAUCUCCCGAAUGCAGUGGGUAAUAUGA